UAUUAACGCCCCAUUGACGAAACCGCAACCUAACAAUUAGUAACUCGCCAACCAACCACACGACGGUAGAGUUUCACACCAACACCAAGCCCAAUUGCGUAUCCCGAAUUAAAAGAAUUCCAAGUUCCAAUUUUUGCGAAUUCUGAUAUAUACAUACCACACCACACGAGGGGCCCAAACCCAAGCAAAUCAUGGCGGCAUCCCGCCGCGGCCAGCCUGAGCUGCAGGUCCGCCUUCCCUCGACCCAGAACGUUGCGGUUCCCGAAUUACCUCCCAUAUCCGCCCUGUUUCUGAUCGACUUCGACGUCAAGGCCGGGUAUACCAUCUCGUGGAAGGCUUCUAGGCCUGGGGUAGAGCUCGAGGGCGUUGUUGAGUACAAGUCCCUGCCUUCGGGACUACAUACCGUUUCGGAGGACUUGAUCUACUUCGUCCACGAUGGGUAUGCGGGGUUGAGCGCGUUUGUCAAUGCGCCUGUUGAGGAUAGCGAAGUGCGGAAUGCGAGGAUGCUGGCGGUGGGUGUGCUGGUGCCGCUGAGUUACGGUCGGUUGGGAAGGGCUUGGAGACAUGCUGAGGGUUUGAAGACAAUGGCAUCGACAUUUGCUACUAGUACCAAGGACAUCGGUAUAUUGGAGGAGUACUGGCAGAAGCAUCAGGCCAAGGAAGAAUCAGUUGCGCCUAUCGAAUCUGUCGAGUCACCAUCUAUUACAUUUCAACCCCCGCCGAAGCAACCUCAGGGCCACGCUAGGAAUCGUUCGGCCUCUGAUGGAGCAGCUUUACUACCGCCUGGCCAUAGACUCUCUGCAUAUCAUCCUGCCUGGAGCUUGACAAAGCUCUUAGACACAUUUGGGCCGCUGAUAUUUCCAAUAUACCGUGCUGCGUUGUUGCGCAAGCGCAUUCUAAUAUCAUGUCAUGCACCCGUGCAAGAAGCUUGCAACUUUGUUUACGACAUAUCUAUCCUAUCCAAUAUCCCACAACCCAUAUUCCACCUCUUAUCCCCCAGCUCGCCUCCCCACCGCUUACGACCCCUCUUCUCCAUCGGCGUCCACGAUAUCCCUUUCCUUGUUGAGGACUCCAAGUCCAGACGCAACAGCGACGACCCCACAGGCGGCGAUCAUGAGGCGGGAACCGGUUGGAUAGCCUGCACGACCGACAGUAUCCUUGCCAUGAAAGAUACGCUCUGGGACGUCCUCGUCACCCUACCAGCUCCGCACUCCACCAAAGCAGCGCGGCGCAUCUGGCCUAAGAUCGAAGGGCCAGGCGGUAUUCCCAUCCGCGCCUCGCAGCGGGAUCUGCGACGCUUCCGCACUCUCGAAGCCGGGCUGGCCCGACUAUCCUCGCAAUUAAGUCCCGGCACGUCGCCCACCACGUCUCGAGACCCUACUGUGACUAACAACCUGUUUUUUGAUGACGCAGAGGAGAAGGAGGUUGUCGAGCCCCUCAGCUGGACCGCUCUUGCCUACAAUGGCUUCAUGUGGUGGGCCUCGGCCGGCGAGCAAGCUCUCACAGAAAUGGCCGAGGAAUCAGCCCGCGACGCCGAGCUCCUCGCCGACAUGGGCGGUUCACCAUCCUCCUCUUCCGCAGUCCGAAUGGAGGCUCCCCUGCUCUCCGCGUCAAUCGUCUCACUACCACCUGCCGACCCCAACGAGGCGCGCACAGAACUCGCGCUUAUCGCGUAUUUCCACCGGCUUACGAUGCAGGUCCUCGGUACGCUGGCGGCCCUUGUCGAGAGUGAUGAAGAUGACAGGGAAGAUGGCUCUAGGGACGAUGACGAAGAUGAUGGUACUGCCGCGUUGAUAGACGACGAUGACGGCGUGGAGGGCCGGGGCGUGCGUGUAAGCAGUGAAGAUGUCGCGCGCAUGGGCCUUGAUGUGUGGAGCGCUGCGGACGCGGCGUCUGUGACGGCGGCUAUGGCGGCGUAUUUUGGCCGUAGGGCGUAUGUUGAGGGGAAGGGGGUCGAGGUUUGUGGUGUUAGAGUUUGUUAGUGAUGGAUGGAUGGGUGGGUUUAAUGGUCGUGAAAUAUGGGGUUUGACGAGCUACUUAACCAGUGAUGGUGGUAUGAAGCGAGGACAGGAGAUACUCCGUUGUAUAUUAAUAUUGCCCUUCUCGUGACCAUACGAGAUAGGAUAGGAGGUUAGUGUUUGGGGCACAGCAGACCCAAACAUCGUCAUAGGUAAUGGGUCACUCACUGGUGUGUUAUCUGUAUAUUAAUUAGUUCGCGUGUGCCUCGUAUAAAGGCCUCGGAGAUGGAAUUGAAUAUAUUACAAAGCAAAGAAGUACAAUGGCUUGGUCUCGGAGAUGCAUGCGGUGAGCUUGAGAUAGGGAGAUAUUUAGCUUGGUAAGGUAUUGUAAUAGUUAAAGACC